AGAACAGGGGCACUUACUUACAUGAAGAGUGGUGGGAGUGUGGAACGCGUUUAUCCAGCCACCCAAAACCCUGUUUCUUUCGAGAAGCACUUGGAUGUGAUCCUUGGAUUAGUCAGCUACUAGGUACCAAACUAAAGGCUCUCCGGCGUGAACCCGGUCUUCUGUUGACAGUGGCGGGAGACGCAGACCGACUGGUAGCUCAUGCUCCGCGCUAGAAGCGACAAAGACCCACAGGCAGCGUCACGAUUCCACAAAUGUAUUCCAUUAUUAUAAAAAAUAUACAAUCCGGGUACUAACGCGACGCUCCCUCAUGAAUAUCCUGCGGUUUAAAAGCCUAAAGGCAUAAGCGCGCUGUUUCAAACGAUUUGCGACAGCGAGCGCGAGGAGAAUAAAACUCUCUUUGUCGUCAUUAUCAUCAUAAUCAGAAUAAUGAAUAAAUCAGCCGCUUCGCGGUGCGGGGAGGCGGCGCGCAGGGUGACACGCGAGGCCUUGCACCUGUUGCGGGCGCGCCGCCGCCGCUAGGGGCGCUGUCCGCCGCCGCCGGUGUCCACACGGGCUCGCUGUCCGCCGCCGCGCUACCGUGGGCAUCGUCCCGGCCGCGAUUUCUGUAGGAUCGCGGAUCUGUUUUGUUUGUUUUGUUUUUUUUUAAUUUAACAACGCGGCUAGACGUCCUUGCGGGAUUCGGUAGCGACCCACACGCCACGGCGGAAGACAAACCUGGGGCCGGUGUAUACGGGGGGCUGGAGAGACAUGCUCUCCGCUUAGAAACGAGGGGAGAGAGCGAGUUCAAAGAUGACAUAACACGUACGAAAGAGAUAACCCCGCGAUGCGCUCCGCCCUGCUCUUCCAGCCGCGGUGAAGCAGUCCAAGGCCCCUCGGCGCUCCAGGCUGUGCCCGGCGGACGCUGUUGAAGGCGCUCGAAUCCCUGUUCGCCACAGCGCAGCGCCCACAUCCCUCAGCCUCCGCCGAAAACUCCCGAGUCGCGCCUGUGCCUUUCCGAGCGGAGGCGAAGCCGAGCGCAGAGAAAGAGCCGCUGUUCCCAACUCACCAUCGCAAACAGCCAUUUCAUCGGCUUUUUUUUUUUUUUGUGUGUGGUCACAUUUUCGCUUUCAUUAUUUAUUAAGAGCAGGCGCGCUCGGAUUCCUGCGAGCCCGGGAUCUCGCCACAGCAGCGGUAUUCGGCAAGACUCCGGCACGACUGACGAAACGGCGGUUGUUAUUUUGUUUUCUGCCGGGGUGCCAGUCGUAGUCUUUUCAGACAAUAAUAUAGGGCACCUGCACAGGCGCCGUGUGCGCGUCUUCACCCCGGCAUGGUCGCGGUGCCGGUGCCGAGACCGACAGGCGAGCCGGGCGCGCUGCGGGCGGAGAGACCGUGAGAGAGGAAGACGUUCCUGCUCGCCAUGGCAGCGCCGAGGGUCGACACCUUGAGGCUGAGGGACGAGCGGCCGUGACUGCGCCGUCGGCGACAGUCCGCGGAGGUAACGGGGAUUUAAAGAUAUUCACGUUAACAAAGCCGGCUGGGACUCCUGCGAUGAUGUCUCCCCACCUAGACGAGACGCGAGCGUUGCCGUCCGCGCAGCAGGAAUAGGACCCGCGGUCUCCGGCUGCGCUUUGUGUCGGUCGGCUCUCCCGCAGUCGGGUGGGCUUGUGAGGGCGUGUAGGGCUCUAUGGAAGACCCGAAGACAUGUCAUGCACACGGAAAAGGAGGAAACGCUGUUUUCCCUUGAACCCUGUGUGGGCUUGCGGGGUCCCUCGGCGACACGGACCGCGGCCGCCUUGCUCCCGGGAACAAGCCUUUGGACGGAGUUGAAUCCCGGUGGCCGUCCCCCGUCCGUCCCCCGGUUUUUGAGGACUUAACCAGGACGCGCAGACAAAAAAAAAAAACAGACGAGAAGCUUGAUUUUUUUGUCUCUGUUUUCAUUUGUAUUGGUAUUUUAUCAGAUUGCUUUAUUUACAAGGGACGUCAAAGCACGCCGCGUUUUUUUUUUCGUGCUGUUUGAUGGUUUCUUAAGCGCUUGUCCGUCCAGUGGGGUUAUUUUGUAUGUCGCUUGACUUCACUUCCACAGUCCGAUCUUUAUUAACUGCAACACGCGGGCAGAAAUGGCCUGGAAUUAAAUUCACAGCCUUUGUCUCGACCACAAAGAGCGCGAAGCAGGUGCGGCGGCGGAAAACAGCGGAAACAGGAAAAUGGGGCGACGCAGAUCGAGGCGCCCUGGUUCCUUCUGAGCGGAGCGUCAGCCCCCGGGGAGAGCGCACCAGCACGAGGCCGAGGAGCGCGGCGGGGGGAGGGGUCCGGAGGCCGGCCGGUCGGGAGCCAGCGAGCGCGGCGGGGGGCCGAGGAGGAGGAGGAGGAGGAAUGGCCAACGGCAGUGAGAGUGGAGACGGGGGGCCGGGGAGCCCCUUGGCAGCGGUAGCUGCGGCGGCAGGCGGGGGCCCCUCGGUGGUGUCCACCUACGUCAAGCUGGUCCUGCUGGGCCUGAUCAUCUGCGUGAGCCUGGUGGGCAACCUGGUGGUGUCUCUGCUGGUGCUCAAGGACCGCGCCCUCCACAAAGCCCCCUACUACUUCCUGCUGGACCUCUGCCUGGCCGACACCAUUCGCUCGGCCGUCUGCUUCCCCUUCGUGCUGGUGUCCAUCAAGAACGGCUCGGCCUGGACCUACAGCGUGCUGAGCUGCAAGAUCGUGGCCUUCAUGGCAGUGCUCUUCUGCUUCCACGCGGCCUUCAUGCUCUUCUGCAUCAGCGUGACUCGCUACAUGGCCAUUGCCCACCACCGCUUCUACUCCAAGCGCAUGACCUUCUGGACCUGCGUGGCGGUGGUGUGCAUGGUGUGGACCCUCUCAGUGGCCAUGGCCUUCCCGCCCGUCUUCGAUGUGGGCACCUACAAGUUCAUCCGAGAGGAGGACCAGUGCAUCUUUGAGCACCGCUACUUCAAGGCCAACGACACCCUGGGCUUCAUGCUGAUGCUGGCCGUGCUCAUCCUGGCCACCCACGUGGUCUACAUGAAGCUGCUGCUCUUCGAGUACAAGCACCGCAAGAUGAAGCCCAUCCAGAUGGUGCCGGCCAUCAGCCAGAACUGGACCUUCCAUGGCCCUGGCGCCACGGGGCAGGCGGCCGCCAACUGGAUCGCGGGUUUCGGGCGGGGGCCCAUGCCGCCCACCCUGCUGGGCAUCCGGCAGAACGUGCACAACCAGAACCGGCGCCUGCUGGGCAUGGAGGAGUUCAAGGCGGAGAAGAGGCUGGGCCGCAUGUUCUACGUCAUCACCUUGUUUUUCCUCGUGCUGUGGUCCCCCUACAUCGUGGCCUGCUACUGGCGCGUCUUCGUGCAGGCCUGCACCAUACCUCACCGCUACCUCUCCACCACCGUGUGGAUGAGCUUCGCCCAGGCCGGGGUCAACCCCAUCAUCUGCUUCCUCCUCAACAAGGACCUGAAGAAGGGGCUGCUGGCCCACCUGCCCCCCUGCUGCAGGACUAAGCCACAGCUGCCCCGCGAACCCUACUGCGUCAUCUCUCCCUGGUCGCCGUGACCGGACCGCAGAGGCGCGGGGACCAGCCAGCACGCUCUAGGAGCGCGCCGCUGGGGGACUGUGGACUUGCGAAGACUGAUUUUCCUUGUGGGAGGGGGGAAGCUUAAUGGAAGAAAAAAAAAUCACCUCUCGCCUUUCAGGACGGCGUCCGAGACGCAGCAGGAGCGACACACGUUUGCCGAAAGCAGGAGGCAGUGGACUGUGCAGGAGCCUCUCUGAGACACUGUCCUCAGCGGGGAGCUGGGGGGCGCGAGGGGCUCUGGGGUUUUGAAGACUGUGGGGGUCUAAUGUGGACUGGGGAGGGGGGGUAGU